CCAUGGAAAAUAUGAAUAUUGAAGAUUUAAAGGAAGAAAUCUAUGAUGUGAUCAAGACUAUCAAAGAUCCUGAGAAACCACAAACUUUAGAAGAAUUGGGGGUGAUAAAUGAAAAGGAUAUUUCUGUAAAAUUAUCUCCUAACUGCCCUGUCAUCCAAAUUGAACUUACACCUACAGUGCCUCAUUGUUCUUUGGCUACAAUCAUAGGUUUAUGUGUUAGAAUGAAACUAGAGAGACAUUGGUCCAGAAGAUAUAAGUUAGAUGUGUACUUGAAAGAAGGCACUCAUACUUCUGCUCAUGCUGUGAGCAAACAGUUGAAUGACAAAGAAAGAAUUGCAGCUGCCAUGGAAAAUCAAGAGCUGAGACGAAUAGUGGGAGAGUGCAUAGAGGAUGAAUGAGAGAAUACUAUGUCUCAGAAAUACUUUAUUAUUUUUAAGUGUGACAUGUUAAUGAUAUUCUAUUAUUUUGUUAAGGAAAUUGUUAUUUAAAACUUUUAGGUUAUUAAAAGUGAUUAUAUAUUUUUUCUA